CCAACAUAUUUCAUGACGUCAUGACGUCACUAUUCAGGCAAUGGUUGAAGUUGGAGCCUUCUAAAAUUACAAAUCUGGAAGAAAAAUACGCUAUACGCACGUAAAUGCUCCAAUUUUUUCAUAUUAACUCUCGAAAGUGCCGACAAACGAGAUUUGCGCGAGUGAAUUGGUGGCUGGAGUAACUGUGUCAGUGCAAUAAACUUAUUUGUUCUACAAAAUCCCGAACCGAGAUUUCUACUUGUUACCAAAAGUGUGUAAUUUGAACAACAGUUCAGCCGGCUAAGAAGAUGCUCAGAAAGAGACCUCCGUCUAGAAACAAAUAUCACAACAAAACAUACUUUUAAACUCACUCAUUCUACUCAACAAACUCCUCACUUUAGUCCUAAAAUGUGUUAAAAGCACACGCCUAGCUAGAACACAACCAGAAGAUAUUUAUUUAAUUUUAAAACCGUUUAUACUAACUAAGCCAAAAUGCCUGCUGUAUCGUCAACCAGAUAUACCUCGUCGCCAGCCUCUUCUAUUGUCUCUGGCUCGUUCCGGUCCACGCUAACCUCGUCGCCAAGUCUAGACAAGCCUUACUUCCGGUCCGGGAGCGGCACCUACGUGUCCUCUUCGAUCCGGACCAGCAUCGGAGACCGAACCACAGAGUACAGGUCCCGAUACUCAGAUGUCGACGGGAAGCGGGAGAGAAAGACGUCUCUAGUCGAAUAUUCCAGAAGCUCCAGAGCUCCGAGCGUCACGGAUUCUGACAGCGGCAUAUCGACGAGAUACCGCUCGGAGCGUAGCGAGUCUCGCUCGCGGGAUCUGUCGACGACGCGGAGCGAGAGCAGCAAGACCAGUAUCAGCGACCCGUUGCCGCGGAACCCUAAAAGAAAUGUGAUAAACUCGGCCGCGCUGGCCAUGUCGACGGCCGAGCUGUACAAUAAAUACUCGCCAGCGAAUUAUGUGCCGUUGACGCAGCGGAUCCAGCAGCAGCAGCAGGCGAACCAGAACAGUUAUGGCGAGAUUUCGCGGUCGAAGUCGAUAUCGAACGACAUCGGGCGGCCGCCGGCGCCGGACGCCCGGACCGUCCGGAAGGCGAGGAACUCCACCGCCGGCUCCACCAUCAGUGAGAGACCGGAGGGCCGCCGGUCCUACAAGGAGACCUCGCCAACGCCGAGCUACAGCAAACGCAACUCUAUGACCAACGGCGUAAAGGACACCAACGGCAACGAAGUGCCUCCAUCCGUCUCCGAGAUACGCAAGAGGUUCGAUCCUAAAAUGACUGUUACAAAACUACCCGCGAAUGAAACCAAAUACUCGUCGAAAACCGCAGUCGACCAGUACCUGACGCAGCUGAAGAACUGUGAAAAUGGGACUUCAGGCUACACAAAGAUACUCCCUAAAGACGAGCAACCAGUGCCCGUGCACCAGCCGAGCGUGGAGAAGAACGGGAUAGGGCACAAGUGGGAGGUAGGCUCGUCCAGCUCACGAUCUAACUCCAACUCAGAUCUCUCCAUCAGCAAGACGCUAUCUGAACCCGUCUCACUGGCCAGACCUGUUGUAGACAAGAGCAACGAUAUGUCAGUCUCGUUCAACGCUAAGCUCCCGUCCGAUCGGCUCGCCAGCAUCAAAAGCCAGUUGGACCCGAACAACCCAAUCGGGAAGAUUCUGGAAAAAUCUACCGUCAUUCAAGUGGAGAACGGAGAUGCUGACGCGAAAGAACGCAAAAGGUUGUCGCGGAGUCCAGAAGUGACUGUCAACUCGAAGAAAGAAUCUCUCAAGAACGACAUAGAAAAGCAAGGUAUCAAAACUCCGAAGCACACGUCAAACUUUGCGUCCUACAUCCAGAUAUCGCAGCCCGUCGCCUCGGGCAGCUCCACGCCUAAAACCAGACUCAUCGAAGUCACCACUUCCAUUGACGAAGACCCAAAACCGGAGCCAAAAGAAUCUCAGAAAUCCAGAAACCGAAUCAAAUACAUAGACUCCGAAACAGAUGACAGUCGAGACUUGCUGGAUAACGAAGUGGAAUCCCCGAGCGGGACAGGGUUCGAGAACAAAACGUUUGAACACGAGAACUAUUUGAAGAAACGCAGCGAAGACUUGGAAGUGAAAGAGAAGGAUUUGCAAACUAACGGCGAUGAAGUGGACCUCAAGCCCAUGGAAACCAGUACAGAGAGCACGAUCAGUGAUCCAGCCGAAGAUCUGAGUCCAGACUCGCCGUCUUCUAGAAGGAAACUGAACAUCAAAGAUUACGACGACAUUACAACGGAGGUGGGCGGCGGGGCGGCGGCGCGGCGCAGCUCCGAGCGGAGCGAGGCGGAGCGGACCACGUGCAGUGACACUAACGGCCUGAACGGUCUCCGCAACAUCGGCAACACGUGCUUCAUGAACAGCGUGCUGCAGUGCCUGUCCAACACGCGGCCGCUGCUGGAGUACGCGGGCUCGGAGCGCGCCGUGAGCCACGUCAACACCACGCUCUCGCCCAUGAAGGGCAAGCUCAUGAAGGCGUUCGUGUCGGUGAUCCGCGAGCUGUGGGAGGCGGGCGCGCGGGACCAGGUGGUGAACACCACCAGCCUCAAGGCGCAGGUGCAGCGGUUCGCGCCCAGGUUCAUGGGCUACAGCCAGCAGGACGCGCAGGAGUUCCUCCGCUACCUGCUGGAGGGGCUGCACGAGGACGUGAACCGCGUCACCGUGAAGCCCAAGCCGAUACUCACCGAGAUCGACGACAACCUCAGUGACUCAGCCAAAGCCGCAGAAGCCUGGCAGCGCUACCUGCGCAUGGAGGACUCCCAGAUCAUGGACAUAUUCGUGGGACAACUCAAGUCCACACUACGAUGCACGCACUGCCAGAACGACAGUGUCACGUUUGACCCUUUCUGGGACCUCAGUCUGCCGAUCCCGUCGCGCACGGGCUCGCUGAAGCUGCAGCAGUGUCUGCAGCACUUCACCAAGGAGGAGGAGAUGGACGGCGACGAGAAGCCGACGUGUUCGAAGUGCGGCGUGCGGCGCAAGUGCCUCAAGUGGCUCUCCGUGCAGAAGUUCCCGCAGGUGCUCGUCAUACAUCUCAAGCGGUUCUCCCCAACGGAACGCUUCCGCGGCAAACUCAACGUGGUGGUCGAGUUCCCUCUCAGCCAGCUGGACAUGUCGCCCCACGCCGCGACCCGCCAGCCCGCGCUGUACAACCUGUACGCCGUCAGCAACCACUCCGGCACGACGUACUCGGGGCACUACACGGCGUACUGCAAGCACCCCUACACCGGCGAGUGGCACGAGUACAACGAUUCGCGCGUCACGCCGAUCAGCGCGCGCUCCGUGGUGUCGUCGGAGGCGUACGUGCUGUUCUACGAGCUGCAGCGCGCCGCCGCGUGAGGAGCCUGCUUUGUGCGGAUCGUCCGAUCGCAGAGUUAUUUAUAGUCAAAAACAGUCCCGUAAUCGUAAGUAAUUUAUAUAUAAAUAAUAAUAAAUAAAUUAUUAAAAACAAGCAAAAUUUAACUAUACAUACAUACACACGCUUAUUAAUAUCAAGAUAUUAUGUAAAUACAAAUAAAUGUAAAGCGUAUAUUUAUUGCAAAAAUAUAAUAAUAUAUAUUAUAGAAUUAAUUUAAUCAUUGUUAUUUAAUUUAUUGGUUGUUGAAGUGAAAUAAAAUUAUCAGUGAAUGUAUUGAAUUGUAUUUUAUUUCUGUGACAGAAAUGAGAAAGGUACACUCAAUUUAAAUGUAGAUAUUUAUUAAUUGAAUUAAAUCUGUAAAAUAAUGUUAAAGUUAAAAUUUCUAGUCCAUCACACCAUCAAAUUAAUUAUGACAUUUUAAUUUCCUACAAUUUAUAAAACAAUAUUUUGAAGAGAAUAUUUCUUUCAUAUGCAUUUAUAUAUCCAUACCUACAGUGUUAUUAAAAAUAUAUCCUGUAACACAGUACUUAAUUAGUCAUAGCAAAAUAUUACACAAAUUAAUGUGGCUAGCCCAAACUUAUAUAGCCUAUUCCAUCGCAGUUGUUUGAUCUCAAUAAAGGUGGCAAUUGGGUGCGGACGACAUAAGUUUACAGCAACCGACAUUUCGCAAAGUUUGCACUGCUUCUAUGUAUAAUGUAUUUUUUCUUACUUGUCGUAGA